AUGGCGACUAUGGGUAUUGAUUACGAGGAUCUGACAAUGGAAGAACAAUUGGGAAGUCCGAAAUCGUCCCAAUCGGCGAAGCUUCAGAGUACAGGAGUUCUCGAUUGUCCUACUUGUCGCAAGCCACUCAAGAGACCAAUCUAUCAGUGUAUAAACGGGCAUCAAGCUUGUUCGUCAUGCUGCAAAAAAUUGAACAAGACAUGCUCGUUCUGUAGAGCUCACAUCGGGGAUAUACGAUGCAGAGCCAUGGAGAAGGUUGUUGAAGCAUCUAUAGUCCCAUGUCCAAAUGAAAAAUACGGGUGUAACGAAACCACCACGUAUUGUAAUCAAUCUAGCCAUGAGAAGGUUUGUUCUUUCGCCCGCUGUUCUUGCCCUGUACCAAACUGCAACUACGUUGGCUCUUACGCGGAUCUCAAAAGCCAUGCUUCUGCUGCACACACUUGGGAAGAGGGUGUCCAGUUUGUGUUUGACCGUCCUAUAAUCUUUUGCAUGAACCUUGGUAAGAGGAAGACGGUCGUUUUAAGGAAGAGGAAGAGGGUGAUUUGA